AUGGAGGAUCAGCGAGUGCUUGGCCCCCCGCCCUGCACUGGGACCCCCGCCGCCCCACCGCCUCGCGUGCCUCGCCGCGCGUGGCUGGACGAGGACGCGCCCUGGCCCGACCCCACCCUGGGGGUCGCGGGGGACGCCCCGACCCGCGCCCACCUCCUCAGCAAGGGCGGGGGGGGCGUCCUUGCGGGGACCCCCUUCGCCCAGGCGGUUUUGGGGGUGUCGGGGUGCCGCGUCACCUGGAGGGUCCCCGAGGGGGCUCGCUGCCCCGGGCGGGCGGUGGUGGCCGAGGUGGAGGGUCCCGCGGGGGUGCUGGUUGGGGAGAGGGUGGCCCUCAACGUUUUGGGGCGCUGCAGCGGGGUGGCCUCGAUGGCCGCCAGGGCCGUGGGGGUGGCCCGCGGUCACGGGUGGGGCGGGGUCGUGGCGGGCACCCGAAAAACCACUCCGGGCUUCCGAGUGGCGGAGAAAUACGCGCUGGGCGUGGGGGGUGCCGACCCCCACCGCGGGGGGCUGGGGGGGGGGCUGCUCCUGCUCAAGGACAAUCACCGAGCGCUGGCGGCGGCGGCGGGGGGACUCCAGAAGAUGGUUUUGGGGGUGCGCCGGGGGGGCUUCACCCGCCGGGUGGGGGUCGAGUGCUCCAGCGCGGCCGAGGCGCUGGAGGCCGCGGGGGCGGGGGCUGACAUCGUCCUGCUCGACAACCUCCCCCCCGAGGAGCUGCACUCGGCGGCGGCGCAGGUCAAGGCUGCGCACCCCGGAGUGACGGUGGAGGCCAGCGGGGGAGUCGUUUUGGGGACCCUCCCCCAGUUUUUGGGGCCCCACAUCGACGUGGUGUCCAUGGGGUGCCUGACCCACAGCGCCCCCGCCCUGGACUUCGCGCUGCGGGUGCUGGAACCCUAA